AUGGGGGAUGAAAACACCAAGUUCUUCCAUCAGUCCAUCAAGCACAGACAUAGAGCAAACACCAUCAAUGUGCUUCACAUGGGUUCGGAGACCAUCAGCGACCAGUGUAGGAUCCAAGAGAUCUUUCAAAAGUACUACACUGAUCUCUUAUGCAAUGAUAUGGAAAAUAGACGUCUUAUCAACAUGAAUAUUGUGCAUAAGGGUCCAGUCCUCACAGUAGCCCAACAAAACCUCUUGUCCUUGUCGUUCUCUGAGGCAGAAAUCAAAAAGGCACUAUGGAGCAUCCCUGAUGAUAAAGCCCCCGGCAUAGAUGGGUUUAAUAAUGGGUUCUACAAAGCUGCUUGUCCAGUGGUAGGUACAGAAGUAACCAAAGCAAUCCAGGAGUUCUUUGAGUCUGGAAUACUCCCGAAGGCGUGGAACGUGACGACAAUCACCCUAAUCCCAAAGAUACAGUGCCUUAAAGGCCGAGGGGACUACCGCCCUAUCUUCUGCUGUAACGUCAUCUAUAAAUGCAUCACCAAGCUCAUAUACAGUAGACUCAAACUAGUUCUAGGGACUAUCAUCAGCCCUAAUCAAGGCGCUUUUGUGGAAGGAUAUGAUGAUUGCCCUCAUCUUCCCUACCCGAUUUUUAAAGAGAGUUAUGGCCUGUGUGUCCUCCUCCCAAUACUCCCUGAUCAUGAAUGGGAACCCCUGCAGCCCUUCAAGGCUAAACGUGGAGUUAGGCAAGGUGACCCCAUGUCUCCCCUUCUUUUUGUCAUAGGCAUGGAGUACUCAUCGAGGAAUCUUAAAGCAGCAGGUAAAGUUGAGGAUCUCAAGUUCCAGUUUAGAUGCUCCAAACUGAAACUAAACCACAUUGUGAUUGCGGAUGAUUUGAUGUUGUUUUGUAAAGGGGAUAUGCAAUCAAUUCAAACCCUGUGCCAAGGGGUGCAUCACUUCUCCUAUAGUUCGGGCCUCGAAGCCAACUACUCUAAAUUAGGUAUCUACCUCACAGGGGUCAAUGAUAACUUCAGGAUACAGGCAGCCGGUACCCUAGAUUUUACUUUUGAGAGCCUGCCGGUAAAAUACUUAGGCAUGCCUCUCACCUCCAAACGAUAUACAGUUGCAGAUUGCAAAUACCUCGUGGAUAAGAUGACCAGUCGGAUUCGAUCAUGGAUUGCCAAGAAUCUGUCCUAUACUGCCAGACUCCAGCUGGUCAACUCGGUCCUCAUGAGCAUAUCUAACUACUGGAGUCAAACAGUUAUCUUUCCCAAGAGAGUCAUAGACCAGAUCAAUGCUGCGUGCCGCUUAUACCUUUGGCACGGGGAAGUAGACAAUAGAGCUCCAGGCAAUGUGAAUUGGGAGAAGGUUUGUAGGCCUAAAAAGGAAGGAGGGCUCGGAAUCCGGCACCUGCAAGUUUGGAACUUAGCUGUUGUAGGAAAAAUAGCUUGGCAUAUUAGCACAAUGCAGGAUUCCCUUUGGGUGAAAUAG